UUUAAAUUUCACCAUUAAGAGGGCUAGCAAUCAUGCAUGUAAGAAUUAUACUGAAGAGGUACACACCCAGUCUUCUGCCACACUCGUCUGCCUCAACAACAACUACAGAGCAAAGGAACCACCAUCAAGCUCAGACCUUGCACUUAUUUUCCUCUCACUCUGAUGUUAAAGGCGUCCUGUUUUUAGAUUUGUUUUCUGGUUAGAGAUAGUUAUGUCAAUGAACAAUAAUAACCCACCAAAGAACCUUGGGCCCUCUUCGUCGCCCUUUGGUAAUGCUGGUAUGGUUCCUCCAUCCAUGGGACCAAAUCCCAACUUUCCUCAAUCACAAGGUCAAGCUCAAAUCCCAGCUGGCUUUCAAGGACAGUAUCAGUUAUCCCAAUCCCAAGCACAGGCUAUAGCCCACGCACAGUCAAAAGCUCAGGCCCAUGCCCAAGCUCAGGUUCAAGCAGCUCAUGCUCAGUUCCAAGCUCAGUUGCAAGCGCAGGGGCUCUCCCUUAACCAAAACCAAGGCAUUGUGAACAUGGGCUCUGCUUCGCCUAACCUUUCGACUCCUGGUAGUUUAGGUAUGAAAAGAAUUCCUCAGAAACCUCCUGUACGCCCUCCUGGUUUUUCCCCUCCAAACAUGAUGUCGCCUAUGAGAACAAUGGAACUCACACCAGCAGCUCGUAGAAAGAAGCAGAAGCUUCCUGAGAAGCAGUUACAAGACAAAGUGGCGGCCAUUCUGCCUGAAUCUGCUCUAUAUACUCAGCUUCUUGAGUUUGAGAGUCGCGUUGAUGCUGCUCUCACCAGAAAGAAAGUUGACAUCCAAGAGGCUCUCAAAACCCCGCCUUGCAUUCAGAAAACCCUUCGAAUUUACGUGUUCAACACUUUUGCGAAUCAGAUCCGUACGAUACCAAAAAAGCCUAAUGCGGAGCCUCCUACAUGGUCUCUUAAGAUAGUUGGGCGGCUCUUGGAAGAUGGAAUAGAUCCUGAUCAGCCUGGUGCUGUUCAGAAAACAAACCCCAUGUACCCAAAGUUCUCAGCUUUCUUCAAAAGAGUAACCAUUUCGCUUGACCAGAGACUUUACCCUGAUAAUCACAUUAUUGUAUGGGAAAAUGCUCGAGCCCCGGCUCCUCAUGAAGGAUUUGAGGUGAAGAGAAAGGGAGAUAAAGAAUUUAGUGCGAACAUACGGUUGGAAAUGAACUACAUUCCUGAGAAGUUCAAGCUAUCACAACCAUUAAUGGAAGUUCUUGGUAUUGAGGUUGAUACCCGUCCAAGAAUAAUUGCUGCUAUUUGGCAGUAUGUGAAGGCUAGGAAGUUGCAGAACCCACACGACCCUUCGUUUUUCAAUUGCGAUCCGCCCCUUCAGAAAGUUUUUGGGGAAGAGAAGAUGAAAUUCACCAUGGUUUCUCAAAAGGUCUCUCAGCAUUUGUUCCCUCCACAACCUAUUCAUUUGGAGCAUAAGAUCAAACUUUCAGGAAAUAGUCCAGUGGGAAGUGCUUGUUAUGAUGUGUUGGUUGAUGUACCUUUCCCAAUUCAGAGAGAAUUGUCUGCUCUUUUGGCCAACUCAGAAAAGAGCAAGGAAAUCGAUGCAUGUGAUGAAGCUAUAUGUGGAGCUAUAAGAAAAAUCCUAGAGCACCGCCGGAGGCGGGCCUUCUUCCUUGGGUUUAGUCAGUCACCAGUGGAAUUUAUCAAUGCUUUGAUUGAAUCCCAAAGCAAGGAUCUGAAGUAUGUAGCUGGAGAAGGAAGUCGCAGUGCUGAAAAGGAGCGUCGGUCAGAUUUCUUCAACCAGCCAUGGGUUGAAGAUGCUGUUAUCCGUUACUUGAAUCGCAAGCCAAUUACUGGAAGUGAUGUUCCUGGAAGCGCUUGAAGUGGGAUUCUUGAGCUGUGUUGAUAGGGGCAGACUCAGUCUCAGCCCAGCCAAAGAUGGCUGGCUUAUUAGCAAUUAGCAUCAUCAUCAUCAAUAUUUAUAGCUACAAUUUUUUUGUGUAGGAAUGGAGAAAGGUAAUGAUGAUAUAUUGCUUCCGUGUUGGCUAUGAUUUAUGUACAAAUAGAGUAUAAUAGUUUUUAUCUAUGUUUGAUUUGUAAUUUAGUUUGUUUCAGACCCAUAUUCUGUGUAUUCCAAUUCAAGUUAUGGCUUUGACAAAUUUUCUUUGGAUUAUUUGAUGAAAUGCACUAUCAAUCUACCACGCAAGUCUUUCUUAUC